AUUCAACCUCAUUGAAUUUUCUCUCUCUUCUGCAAACGUUUCGAGUUCGAGAUUCUAAUCGAUUCCGAUCAUGGCUUCUGCCGCCGAUCCCGUUGUCUCCUCCGUCGCGCCUGCUGCCGCUGUGGCGGUGGAGAACAAUUCGAAGUCGAAGAAACCUGCAGCCUCUAAAGAUUUGUCGAAGGCUAAGAAAUCAUCUGGUGCGAAGAAGACCAAAUCUUCGCCGACUCAUCCUCCUUUCUUUCAGAUGAUUAGCGAAGCGAUCGUAUCGCUGAAGGAGAGGACAGGCUCGAGUCAGUACGCCAUUACUAAGUUCAGCGAAGAGAAGCACAAGGUAUUGCCAUCGAAUUUCAGGAAGCUCUUGCUUGUUCAUUUGAAGAAGCUUGUCGCCGCUGAUAAACUCGUUAAGGUCAAGAACUCGUACAAGCUUCCAUCGGCGCGCUCUGUCCAGUCGAAAUCUUCAUCCGCGCCUGUCGUCGCUAAGAAAACAACGAUCUCAAAGCUCAAGGCAGCCGCGAGUGUGAAGAAGGCGGCCGCUGUUGCUAAACCGAAGGCGAAAACUGCUGUGAAACCUAAGCCAAAUGGCGUGGUGAAGCCGAAGACGAUCGCAAAAUCCAAGGUCGUCCAGAAGCCAAAGGCCGCCGCUGUGGCCAAGCCUAAGGCGGCGGAGAAGGUGAAGAAGGUCGCUCCAAAGCCGAAACCUAAAUCAAAGCCUUCUAAAGUUGCCAAAACGUUGUCCCGAACAUCGCCAGGAAAGAGAGUCGCACCAGCGACGAAGCCGAAGAAGGUAGCGGUGAAGAAGUCAAAGACAGUAAAGUCGCCGACGAGGAAAUUGCUGGCCAGAAAAGUGAAGAAAUGAAUCGUUUAGGGUUUUGAUCGAUUUCUAGGGUUUGUUACUACUUACUACUCUCAGUUCGUCGCAAUGUAAAUUAGGGCGACGAGGUUGCAAUCACACUAAUUUUAUUUCAAUUCAACGGUUUAUCAAAUUAAUCCUCCUUCUCUGUGUUCUU